AUGGCGGAACAACGUGAAAGGACAUUCAUCAUGGUAAAACCCGAUGGAGUACAAAGAGGACUCGUCGGCACCAUAAUCGAGCGUUUUGAGAAGAAAGGCUUCAAGUUAGUAGCACUCAAAUUCGUUUGGCCAUCAGAGGAAUUACUGCAAAAGCACUACAGCGAUUUAGCUUCUCGGCCCUUCUUCCCUGGUCUAGUUAAAUAUAUGAGUUCUGGACCAGUGGUCCCCAUGGUAUGGGAGGGCCUCAACGUCGUGAAGACUGGACGUCAAAUGCUCGGAGCCACAAAUCCUGCCGACUCUUUACCAGGAACCAUUCGUGGUGACCUCUGCAUCCAGGUUGGCCGCAACAUCAUUCAUGGUUCCGACAGUGUUGAAUCUGCUAAAAAGGAAAUUGGUCUUUGGUUCACCGACAAGGAAGUCGUUGGCUGGACACCAGCAAAUGAGAAUUGGGUGUAUGAAUAA